AGAAAAGCACAGACAGUAUUAGUUUGUUUAUAUUAAAGAGACUUUUUCUAUUAUUAAUUUGUUAUAAAAUCGCAGUUUAGUUUUGUUAUUUGAAAUAAAACAUUAUUUUAUUAUGCAAAGAAACGUGAAGCAUUUAAGAAAUAAUGCAAGGGAAGUUGUUCAUUUCUAAUUUGUUUCAACUCAUUUUUUUAAAAUAAAUCGUGAGUAAAUCGUGAAUAAAUCGCAUUGUGAGAUCAGAAUCGUGAAUCGCAUCGCAUCGUGAGCUGAGUGAAUCGUUACAUCCCUAGUCCUCGUAGAAUUCCUGCUGUGUAACUGUAAUGCAUUUAGCUAAAACUGGAUUUUAUGUGACAACAGGAAAACCGAUAACUAUGAAUAUGAAGUUUUAAAUUGUUCUUCAUUUUUAGUCCAUGCUACAGCUAAUGAUAACCGUACGGACGAAAAAUAUCAUUGGCAUCACUUAUAUCCUCAGGAGUAUUCCAUUGUACAAACAAAACUACCGAAAAUGCGUUCAGCCAAUCAGAUCGAAGUUUGUGAGUUUUCUUACCAACAUGCAUCAUUUAUGAACAAAUCAUCAGAAUGCCAUCCAGGGCCUUAACUAAUGAUUGGUUAAAAACUAGUAUUUCAGGUCAGGUUUCUUUUUUCUAGCACAGUCAUUUUGUCUUUAGUUUUCCAUUUUAAGAGCAGUUUAACACUUCUCCCUCCACAUUAAUAACCCUCAAACCAUAUUUCCAAAAUACGCUCUUGACAGCUCAACCGAGCAGCUGUCACAGAAAUGAGAAAUGUUGUUCAGAAUCUGUGGUUUGGUAUGUAGGCCAUACGCACAGGGGACACUGACACGCAUGUGAAGUUUGUCCUAGAUGACUCAAAGAUCAGGGGUCCACGGCUGAUUCAUUUUGAAAAACUGAUCUGUGCUUCAAAUCCUAGCGCAUUUUCGGCCAUCCAAUGGUUUUAUUUUAAUUCAGGAAAUCACGAUGUGGUUGCAAAUUUGCAUCUGUGUAUUUUAAACAACUGUUUCUGCCACACCAGAUCCGCUCGCUUUAUUGUUUGUAAAAAGCUGUUUUGCGUGUUCUGGUUUUUUGUGGCCGUGCAUAAAAAUGCUCAGCUUCAGAGUAUUUCAUACACUUUUGAGCACCAGUCUGAUCACUGGGUUUUGAGACACAGGACGCAUGAAUGAGACGAAAUGUGUUGAUGUUCAUCAGGAGGAGCAGGAGAGGGAGGGGACCGCACAGCAGAAACCCUUUAAACGCGGAGAAUCGGUGGAAAAAGCUAACGCAGCGGCGUCUCUCAUCUCCCAGCGCUCCGUUAAUCCCCGAGAAAUGUUCAAACAGAGAGAGAUGGGUAUCCACCCGACUAACACAGACAACUCUCCAUCCAGUCCAAAACCAGGGCGGUUGAACAGCCCUUUUCUGUCCAAGCAGUCAUGUGAUCCAGAGCCAUUGCGUUCUCCUGUGCGUCAGGCCUCGCCCUUACGAGCCAGAGAACCCAGUUUUGAGGAACAGCCCAGAUCUCAGUAUGUGGAACCAGAACCUGAACCUGAGCCUGAGCCUGAGCCAGAAUACGAAGAUGUUCAAGUAGCCAGUGAUCAUUAUGAAACGCACAUAGAGUCUCAGCUGCCAUAUGAGGCGAUAGUGGAACCAGACAACAUCUAUGAAGAGCCUGCACCGGUGGAGGAACAGAAAACGUAUGAUCAGGCUGGUGACCGUGGUGUUUGUGCCAGGGCUCUGUAUGACUACCAGGCUGCGGAUGACACCGAGAUCUCAUUUGACCCUGAUAAUAUCAUUACCAGCAUUGAGAUGAUCGAUGAAGGCUGGUGGCGAGGAUACGGUCCGGACGGUCAUUUUGGAAUGUUUCCGUCCAAUUACGUUGAACUUAUCUAACACAGCUCAACCUAUCCCGCACCCUCCAUCGGAGUCGGCCUGCGUUGAUUUGUCCUGCGCAGAUUCAACAGAUCUCUGGGGCUUUGAGCAAAAUGGGAUCGGUAUAUUUGAUUGAAAAGACUGAAACUAAAAUCAUGCACCAAAAGAGUGGUAAUCAUGUGAUCGGGGGUAUUUAAACUCUUGAAAGUGAUCUUCUGUAUACUGUAUUGGUAGUUUUCUUUUGUUCGUAUUAUUUCAUUUCAAGCUGUCCAUUAAUUUCACAAAACAAUACUGAUGCUGGCAGACGCCCUCAGCAGAGACGACCCAAUAGUUGCAGGAAUCCUUGUAAUAUGGACGGGAUGAAAGUCAUGCUUGUGAUGUUGUUCCCGUCACAUCUUUUUAGACUGAACCUUUGUGCGGUUUUUCUUUUUAGCUUUUCAAACAUUAAGAUUUCAACAUAAUAAAGGAAACAUUUUUCUGUUUUCGAGAUGUUCAGCGCAGCUAAGUUUAUAGUUUGAACGUAAUUUUGCCUUGAUUUUGUCCUCUCCACAAGACUGGGUUGGACUGCCUUGGUUUUUUUUCCACAGAUGUCUUGGUACAGUGUUUACUGAGAAAUAGACGUGACAAGUUAAUUUGCUGUUUCCUAUAGUCAGCUUUGGUUUUGAUGGUAUUGUCACCAUAGCUGUUAGCUUCAGUGCUUAAGAAUCAGCGUGGGUUUAACAUUUCUUUAAGACUUGUAUACCACAGCUUUCCUGUCUACUCAGAAAUGUGGAAAAUAUUAAUACUGUGAUUUUUAGGUUUCAGGGAUCCGUCAUUCUGUCAUCUUACUGCCUUGGGGUCUCGGGUUGGGUCUGUAUUACACGUGUGACGCCUGUAUGCCGAGUAUUUGAGUGGAUGCACCAAGACUCGAAUAAAAUCACAUCAGUUGUUUCUCCACUCUUUUGAUUUUUAUUAAUCACGUACUUGCAUAUACUGUCAGUGGGGAGGUAGAGUAUUUUUGUGGAGAUUUUCAAGAUUUAUUUUAAUAAAGACCCAUAUGGAAACAUCAAAAGAUCAUAAAAUCGUUUGACAGUGUGGUGUUAGACACGUUGUUAGAGGUCAUUGUGAAUAUCUAACAAGUCUGAACAAUGUUGUUACUUACAUUAAAAGAAUAAAUUAAAGAGUUUUAAAAUGGA